AUGCUGAAUCGGAAAAUUAAUCUUACCAUUCUGAUUCUUAUAUGUCAAAAUCAACAAGUCGAAGUUUCUGAUUUGGUUCCUGGAGAUGUCAUUGGUCUCAGACUUGGUGAUAUUAUUCCUGCUGAUGCUCGUUUACUCGGUAUUUCUGUCACUGGUGCUGAAACUGAAGGUCAUCUUUCAAUAGAUCAAUCCGCUUUAACUGGUGAAUCUUUACCUGUUGAAAAAAAGAAGGGCGACACCGUCUAUUCCUCUUCAAUAGUUAAACAAGGUCAAAUGUUGGCUGUCGUAACAAAAACUGGCGCAAAUACUUUUAUUGGCAGAGCUGCUAAUUUGAUUUCAAUUACUGUUGAACAAGGUCAUUUCCAAAAAGUUGUCAACGCCAUUGGAAAUUUCUUAAUUUUGAUCACUGUUGUUUUGGUUUCUAUCAUCCUUGUCUAUCAAUUGGUUAAAUACAGAGGUACCGAUAAAGGUCAUCCACUCGUUGUAUUAGGACAUGUUUUGGUUUUAACUAUUGCUGCUAUUCCUGUCGGUCUUCCUACUGUCUUGUCUGUAACUAUGGCUGUUGGUGCAAAACAAUUGGCUGCCAAAAAAGUCAUUGUUAAACGUCUUACUGCUGUUGAAGAAAUGGCUUCUGUUUCUGUACUUUGUUCUGAUAAAACUGGCACUUUGACUCUCAACGAAUUGACUUUUGACGAACCUUACCUUUGUCCUGGCUACACAAAAGAUGAUAUUUUACUCUGUUCCUAUUUAUCGACUGAACCUGUUACAAACAAUCAUAUCAAAUCUGCCGUUCUUUUUCCCCCUAAUCCAAGUUUCGUUGUAUUAAUGGACUGA